UUAAUAGGCAAUUAGGCAGAGUGGGCGUGGCAGUUGCGUCUUGUCCUGGCGCAGCGCUGUGAAAGUCCCCUCACUUCAGCCACCCGCCUGCUGAGACAGGUUUGCUGCCUUGCUCCUGCUGUGAUCCACGAUCAAAGUUGAAAAAAUGGUUGGCAUUACCCAGCUAAUGGAAGAUAAAGUUCUCAUGGCCUUUGCUUCCUAUGCUACAAUUGUUCUUUCCAAAAUGAUGUUUAUGAGUACUGCAACUUCAUUCUACAGAUUGACAAGAAAGGUUUUUGUCAACCCAGAAGACUGCGCAAGCUUUGGCAAAGGAGAAAAUGCCAAGAAAUACCUUCGGGUAGAUGACACAGUAGAACGUGUGCGAAGGGCCCAUCUGAAUGACCUUGAGAAUAUUGUGCCAUUUCUUGGCAUUGGCCUUCUGUAUUCCUUAAGCGGUCCAGACCUCUCAACAGCCAUCCUGCACUUCAGAGUCUUCGUGGGAGCUCGGAUCUACCACACAAUAGCAUAUCUGUUACCCCUCCCCCAGCCGAAUCGUGCUCUGGCUUUUUUUGUUGGAUAUGGAGUUACUAUUUCAAUGGCUUACCGGUUGCUGACAAGUAGAUUGUACCUAUGAGGAGAACCAUGCAACUCAUCAUCCAAUUAUUUUCUAAGAAUUCUGCACUUCCAAUUUACAAUGAAUACUUUUUAAGAUUUUAAGUGGGAGGGAACAGAAAAAUUAAAAUGGGAAAGCCUAGUCUGAUUAUUCACAUCACCUGUAUCCUUUAUUCGUGUGUUAUAUUUGUGCUAGAAAUUUAAUGUAAUACUUACAUCUUUUGCCUUAUUCUUGAAGUACCUUGUUGUACAUUUAGAUUGUAAUUUGUAACAUUCAUUCACCAUUUCAUAUUUUAAAUCUAUAAAAAGAGUGAGUGCAUGUAUGAGAAACCGUUAUUUCAAUAUUGCCGAAAUAGGUAUAUAAAAUAAAGAAUUUAAAGAAAAAUUUUAUCUGAUUUUAGUUUUCUCAACUUGUAUUUUCAAAAGUCUCAAACCUGUGGAAAGGUAGAAAAGUAAUGCAAUGAACCUUUACAUGUCUUCCACCUAGAUUUACUAAUUUUUAACAUUUUGCCAUAUUUGCUUGAGCUAAAUCACUCAAUGUUUUUUCUGAACAACCUGAAGGUAAGUUGCAGAUAUCAAUACACUUCACUUGAAAUAAUUUACCACGGGUUUCCUACGAGCAAGACAAUCUCUAAAUAACCACAGCACCACUAUCACACCCAAGAAAUUUAAUAUUAAUAUAAUAAUAUCAAUAAAUAUAUACCUUAUAUGUAAAUUUCCCCAAUUUUCUUAAAAAUAUCCUUUAUGCUGGCACUGUGUUUUACUCAGGAAUCAUAUAAGAACCACCCAAGCGUUUUGUUAUCAUAUCUAUUCAGUUUUCCAUAAAAUAAAAGAGUUCUUUAACUUUU